GCCCACGGGACCCAGGUCGGGGGCCGGCGGCCACGUGGUGGUGCUGCGACUGCCCCCGCCCUAACGGCGGAGCCCGGGAGCCGAGCGCCCACUGACCCGGCGUCGGGAGGAGGAGGGACCCAGCGCAGGAAGCCGAGCAGGAAGCGAGCCCGGCGGCCGCGCUUUCCUGGGGAAGCGCCGGGCGGGACAGCCAGCGGGGCCGGGAGCCGAGGCUGCCGCUUGGAUGGGGUGUUGACAAAUCUCCUAGGACUUUGGAAGGCUGAAUGGACUAAACAUGAAGAGCCUGAAAGCGAAGUUUAGAAAGAGUGAUACCAAUGAAUGGAACAAGAAUGAUGACCGCCUGCUGCAGGCUGUGGAGAACGGAGAUGCGGAGAAGGUGGCCUCACUGCUGGGCAAGAAAGGGGCCAGUGCCACCAAGCACGACAGUGAGGGCAAGAGCGCUUUCCAUCUCGCCGCUGCGAAAGGACACGUGGAAUGUCUCAAGGUCAUGGUUACCCAUGGUGUGGAUGUGACUGCCCAAGACACUUCUGGUCACAGUGCUUUACAUAUCGCAGCCAAGAACGGCCACCCUGAGUACAUCAAGAAGCUCCUUCAGUACAAAAGCCCAGCUGAAAGUACUGACAACUGCGGGAAAACAGCUCUACAUUACGCAGCUGCGCAGGGAUGUCUUCAAGCUGUGCAGGUCCUCUGCGAGCACAAGAGCCCCAUAAACCUUAAAGACUUGGAUGGGAACAUACCCCUGCUUGUCGCAGUGCAAAAUGGCCACGGUGAGGUCUGUCACUUCCUUCUGGAUCAUGGAGCAGAUGUCAAUUCCAGAGACAAAAAUGGAAGAACUGCUCUCAUGCUGGCUUGUGAAACGGGCAGCUCGAAUGUUGUGGAAGCCUUAGUUAAAAAGGGUGCAGACCUGAACCUUGUAGAUUCUCUUGGACACAAUGCCUUAUAUUAUUCCAAACUCUCAGAAAAUGCAGGAAUUCAAAGCCUUCUCUUAUCAAAAAUCUCUCAGGAUGCUGAUUUAAAGGCCCCAACAAAACCAAAGCAGCAUGAUCAAGUCUCUAAAAUAAGCUCAGAAAGAAGUGGAACUCCAAAAAAACGCAAAGCUCCACCACCUCCUAUCAGUCCUACCCAGUUGAGUGAUGUGUCUUCCCCACGAUCCAUAACAUCUACUCCACUUUCGGGAAAGGAAUCAGUAUUUUUUGCUGAAGCGCCCUUUAAGGCUGAGAUCAGCUCCAUACAGGAAAACAAGGACAGACUGAGCGACAGCACUACAGGAGCUGACAGCUUAUUGGAUGUAAGUUCUGAAGCUGACCAACAAGAUCUUCUUGUCCUCUUGCAAGCAAAAGUCGCUUCCCUCACCUUACACAAUAAGGAGUUACAAGAUAAAUUGCAGGCCAAAUUGCCCAAGGAGGCUGAAGCUGACCUAAGCUUUGACUCUUUCCAUUCUACCCAGACUGACCUGGCCACAUCCCUGGGCAAAUCUAGUGAAGCCCCUUCCUCAGAUGACAAAUCAUCUCCAUCUGUUGAGGACCCAGUGGGGAAAUCCACUGCUGACUGCGAUGUCAGAAUCCAGCAGCUGCAAGAUACCUUGCAUGAUUUACAGAAGAGAUUAGAGAGUUCCGAAGCAGAGAAGAAACAGCUCCAGGCUGAACUCCAGUCACAAAGGACAGACCGAAUAUGCUUGAACAACACAGAGAUUUCAGAGAAUGGCUCUGACCUCAGUCAGAAACUCAAAGAAACUCAGAGCAAGUAUGAGGAGGCCAUGAAAGAAGUCCUCAGUGCACAGAAGCAGAUGAAAUUGGGUCUCCUCUCCCUUGAGAGUGCAGAUGGCUGUUUGCAUCCCCAAGAGGCGAGGAUCACUGAUGAAGAAAUUGACGCACUGAAGCAAGACCUGCAGAAUGCCUUGGAAGAAAGUGAAAGGAAUAAAGAGAGAGUGAGGGAGUUAGAAGCAAAGCUUGUGGAGAAGGAAACAGUGACGAAACCACCUGCAGAAGAAUGUGAGGAGAUGAAAAGAUCCUACUGCUCCAUCAUUGAAAAUAUGAAUAAGGAGAAAGCAUUUUUGUUUGAGAAAUACCAGCAAGCCCAAGAAGAAAUAAUGAAACUAAAAGAUACACUGAAAAGCCAGGCCUUACAGGAAGCCCCUGAUGAUGCUGGGGACAUGAAAGAGGCCAUGAAUAGGAUGAUAGAUGAACUCAAUAAACAGGUGAAUGAGCUGUCACAGCUGUACAAAGAAGCCCAGGCAGAGCUGGAGGAUUAUAGGAAGAGGAAAUCUCUGGAAGAUGCAGCUGAAUACAUUCACAAAGCUGAACAUGAGAGGCUGAUGCACGUGGCAAACCUUUCUAGGGCCAACGCGGAAGAAGCCCUGUCCGAGAUGAGGUCUCAGUAUUCCAAAGUGUUGAACGAGUUGACUCAGCUCAAACAACUGGUGGACGCCCACAAAGAGAACUCUGUGUCCAUCACAGAACAUUUGCAAGUGAUAACCACACUUCGUACAACAGCUAAAGAGAUGGAAGAAAAAAUAAGCAACCUCAAAGAGCACCUGGCAAGCAAGGAAGCAGAAGUCACAAAGCUGGAGAUGCAGUUCCUAGAAGAGAAAGCUGCCAUGACCGAUGCAAUGGUCCCCAAGGAUGCCUAUGCAAAGCUCCAGGCAUCCUUAGAAAGUGAAGUGAAUGUGUUAGCAACAAAAUUAAAGGAUUCGGUAAAAGAGAAAGAGAAAGCCCAUUCAGAGGUCGCCCAGGCUCGAAGUGAGGUCUCACAAGUGAAAAGGGAGAAAGAAAACAUCCAGGUUCUCUUGAAAUCCAAAGAGCAGGAAAUAACUGAACUUCUGCAAAAACUCCAGAGAGCUCAGGAAGAAGUUGCUGGGAUGAAAAGAUGUUCCGAGAACUCUUCAAAGCUGGAGGAGGAUAAAGAUGAAAAGAUAAAUGAGAUGUCAAAAGAAGUCCUGAAACUGAAGGAGGCCCUGAACAGCCUCUCACAGCUUUCCUACUCCACGAGUUCAUCCAAGAGGCAGGCCCAGCAGCUAGAGGGGCUGCAGCAGCAGGUCAAGCAGCUCCAGAACCAGCUGGCUGAGUGUAAGAAACAGCACCAGGAGGUCGUAUCGGUUUACAGAAUGCAUCUUCUGUAUGCUGUUCAGGGCCAAAUGGAUGAAGAUGUCCAGAAAGUUCUGAAGCAAAUCCUUACCAUGUGUAAAAACCAGUCUCAGAAGAAGUAAAAUGGAUUCCUUGGCAGGACACUGCCCCUUGUUGCCUCUCUUUGUGUCACCAACCACUGCCAUUGUUCUCACCCAUGGUGUGCACUGUGACUUUUUUUUAGCUUCUUUUCUAGCGGUUUCUGGGAACCAGUCCCGAGAGACAAUGCCCUCCUCAGAACUUUGUAGGUACUUUAGACCAGGAGAGGUGAAGGUCCCUGCCAUCUCUUCAGAAUCUAGAGCUGGGAUCAGCCAUGCCCAAAAGUCUGGUCUACCUUCCUUGGUACCUGAGCAUCCAAACUUCCAAACAUCCAAGCUUCAAGGAGUGUUCUGCUGAGGCCUCCAUGCAGUGAAGUGGUCCUUGGUCUCUGCCCUUGGGCUGUGCCAUUCAGCACGGGAGAGCAAUUUUGUCUUCCGCUCCCCAAACAUGAUUUCAUUUCUAAACAAAUUAGAAUGACACUAAAAGUGAGUACUUGAGACCCUUUAUCCUGUGGAUUUAAAAACUCUAAUCUUUUCCCUCUAGCUGCCUUAUAUCUCAUUGCCCUGCUUAUCAGUCUCACGGUUUCAUGAGUACUAUUAACUAAAAUGCAAAGUUUUAAACCAAGAGUGAACUGUCCUUAAAAGCUUUUAAGUAGACAACAUACUGAAAAUUUUCUAUGCAAACUUGCCUCCUGCUGUUCUCCAUGAAGCUCAGGAAAUCCAAAUAUUUGUAUUUCAACAAAGGACAGUAAACUAUGUGUUUACAGCCAAAAGAAAUGCCUCAUGGUUCUUAACCUCAAUUUUUUUAAAAAGUGUUUUUUUCCUCUAUGAUAUUUUUAUUGGCUUUUAAAGAUGUUUUCAUAGCUAAACCCCUAAAUAAGUGAGAUUAGAUUAUAUUAACAGUAUUUUUAGAUAACCAUACUUAAGACAUCUUAAAAAUGUAACCUUUUCCUCAAAAGUUUUUAGCUAUAGCAGAGGGCGGUUAUAUAUUCCAAACUAAGUAUGAGCUGCCCCCAUUACCCCUAGGACUUUUUGUAGUCUUCUGACUACAGUAGAUCCUCUUUCCAGUUGAAUUUGUAAGCACCAAAACUCUAGCACCCAUAAAUAAUUCCUGGAACGACUGUUAGUUCCAAUCAGUUUCUCCAUGUUGAAAGUAAAAGCCCUGACAUGGUAACAUGGUGCACAGAAAAAGUCUUGGGGGGAAAUAGUCUGUUGACCUGACUUUCAGGGUGAAAAAUGUUUGACUUGCUUGCAGCUUCUCUUAUGGCUCCUUUCAUGAGGGAGAUAAACGGAAUAUAGACCGUUCAGAGUGUUAAUAAAAGCGGAGGCCCACUCUGACAGGGCCCAUGGACUAGAGGGCUGCCUAGGCUCUGAGAGCGCUUGGCUGAACUAGGUAUGAUCAUCUGUGUUAGGUAAAGACCAAUGCCAGCAAAACAAAAGUGGCUUUAGGUUGGCAGUGGUGCUUGUCUGAUUACAGCUAAGCAUUUCUCAAAACGCCCCAAAGAAAUGUGAAAGGGUUUGCCACAGAACUUAAUGACAAAGCCAACUCCCCUCAUACCCCUACACAGAAAUGCUGCAGAGUGUAAAACUUGAGACAUUUUGUAGGAUGCCUGACAGAGUGUAGCCUUUUUCUUAUGUCAGGAUGCAUAUUUAUUACAAGUAUUCUGGUUAAAUAUUGAAAAGUUAUAUGCUGUAGUUUAGCAUUGUUGUCUUUGUAAUUUACAGAAAUUAUUGCAGAAAAUAAACUUGGUCCAUUUUGCA